AACAGAAGGGUGAAUAAUUUUUUAUUGGUAUAGAGAAGCUUGAAUGGUAGGUGGGUUAGUAAAUAAAUACAAGUGGAUAUUGUUAAACAUUUUCCACCUAAUGAUUCAUUGUAGAGAUCAUUUAAAAAAUGGAAUGAUGAAGACCAAAGGAAACGAAAGCAUCUCACAGCUUCGGAGAAAGAAAAUAAGAAGCUUCAAAUGAAAUUUGUCAUGAAGACAAAAGGGAUUAAGCAAAUGAAGUCAACAUACAUUAUUAUUGGUUAAUUAUAAUAAUCUCCGCCUGCAACACAUUACAGUAAUACUUCACUUAACUGCUACCGCUUCAAAACUCUGUCUUUGUGAGAGAAUUCUGAGUUUGGAGUGCAAACAGAAACCGCUUCCCUUUCCUUACCUUUCUUACUUUCUUGCUGUUGUGAACAUGGCUGCUGAACUUGUUGGAGGAGCUUUUCUCUCUUCAUUUCUCAAUGUUCUUUUUGACAGGCUGUCUGAUCCUGAGAUCAUCAACAUGAUGAGAGGAAAGAAGGUUGACCAGAAGCUGCUUCAAAGGCUGGAGAACAUUCUGAACGUGGUUGAAGCUGUGCUGAAUGAUGCUGAGAAGAAACAGAUCACUGACCCUGCUGUCAAGAGGUGGCUCGAAGAUCUCCAAGAUGCUGUCUAUGAUGCUGAUGACUUGUUGGAUGAAGUCGCCACCAAAGCUGCCACUCAGAAGGAUCCACCAGGUAACUUCCUGUCUCGCUUUCUCAGUUUGCAAGAUAGGGAGAUGGUUACUAGGAUUGAAGAAAUCAUUGCUAGACUAGAAGAUAUUGCAAAACACAAAGAUAUCCUUCGUCUACAAAAGAUUGCAGUCAAGAACAUGUCAGGGAGAAUUGAAUCAACAUCUCUUGUUCAAAAGUCUGAUUUAUUUGUUGGUAGGGAUCAAGACAGGGAGGAUAUAGUCAAAUUGUUAUUAGAUGAUACUAAUGAUGGUGAACUAUCUGUCAUCCCCAUCUGGGGUAUGGGUGGGAUCGGAAAAACUACUUUGGCUAAGUUGGUUUUUAAUGAUGAUAGAGUGCAGCGAAAAUUUAAUAUCAAUGCAUGGGUUUGUGUUGGGGAAGAAUUUGAUGUUCUUAAAGUGACAAAGACUGUAAUAGAGGAAAUAACUUCUAGUCGCUGUGAUAUGAAUAGCUUAAACUCAGCUCAACAACAUUUAAGGAGUAAGCUAACAGGGAUGAAAUUCUUGGUUGUUUUGGAUGACUUUUGGAGUAACAAUUACACAGCUUGGGCAAAUUUUCUGAUUCCUUUUAGAUGUGGAAGUGAGGGGAGUAAGAUCCUUGUGACAACUCGUAGCGAAAAGAUUGCAAACAUGGUGAAAGGUUUUCAUUAUCAAGCCUACAAUUUGAGUGCGUUGAAUGAUGAAGAUUGUUGGGUAGUGUUUGCAAAUCAUGCAUUUCUUUCUGGAGAGCGUCUAGCUUUUGAAAAAGUUGCCAGAGAAAUUGUUAAAAAGUGCAAGGGAUUACCUCUAGCUGCUCAAGCACUUGGGAGCUUAUUAAGGUCCAAAGAUAAUGAAAAGGAUUGGAAUAAUGUUUUGAACAGUGAAAUUUGGGAAUUUUCUGAAGAGGAAAUUGAAAUUAUUCCUGCUUUGAGGAUCAGUUAUUACCACCUUCCUUCUUACUUAAAACGUUGUUUUGUUUAUUGUUCUUUGUAUCCCAAAGACUAUGAAUUUGAUAGAGAUGAAUUGGUGUUAUUGUGGAUGGCCGAGGGUCUUUUGCAACGGCCGAGGGGGGGAAGCACUUUAGAAGAAGUUGGCUAUGAGUAUUUUAGUGAUUUAGCAUCAAGAUCAUUUUUUCAACCUUCCAAUAAUGCUUAUAAUACUUCAUUUGUAAUGCACGAUCUCAUGCAUGAUUUAGCAACGUUCUAUGGUGGAAAGUUCUUUUCUAGAACCUUUGAAGUCAAGAAUGCAGCAAAGCAUGAUGUCAAAACUCGCCACUUGUCAUGUGCUCGCAAGAAUGAUGAUGAUUCGUUUAUGAAGAUCAUGGAAGCAUGCAAAAGGUUAAAACAUGUGAGGACAUUGUUGCAACUCAAUUUUCGUAAAGAUGGUGGAAUCCGAGAGGGAGAUAGUGUAGCCGUUCCUUCUGACUUACUAGAACAAUUGAAGUGCUUACGAGUUUUGUCAUUUAAAUUUUUUCCAGAUGAUGAAAACUUGUUGCAUCAUUCGAUUGGGGAAUUGAUCCAUUUGCGUUAUUUGGAUCUUUCAGACACAUCCAUCGUGACUUUACCUGAGUCGUUAAGUUGCUUGUACAAUUUACAAACCUUGAAGUUGAGAUACUGUAAAAAGCUUAAAAAGCUUCCUAGCAAGAUGCAAAAUCUUGUGAAUUUGCGUCAUCUUGAUGUUUCUGAAACUGGUUUGGAAGAGAUGCCAAAAAAGAUGAGCGAAUUAAAAGAUCUGCAAUUUUUAAGUUUCUACAUCGUGGGCAAGCAUGAAGAGAAUGGAGUUGGGGAAUUGGGAGGACUAGCACAUCUUCAUGGGUCAUUAUGGAUUGAGAAAUUGGAGAAUGUUAAGAAUAGUGGUGAAGCAUCGAAUGCAAGGAUGGAUGAAAAAAUACACCUGAAUACUUUAUAUUUGUGGUGGUCAACGUUUGAAGAAAGUGAGGUUUGUGAUUCCGAAAGUGAAAAAGAUGUACUUGACAAAUUACGUCCUCACAAAGACUUGAAGAAGCUAUCCAUCAGUUGUUACAGAGGUACCAUGUUUCCGGAUUGGGUAGGGCAGUCUUCGUACCACAACAUGACUUGGUUGGAGCUGAGGGGAUGCAGGAAUUGUUGGGUGCUUCCUUCACUUGGACAGUUACCCUCUCUGAAGAGGCUGCUCAUUUCAGGGCUCGACAAGGUGAAGAAGAUUGGUGGGUCAUUCUAUAAGGGUGAUGGAACUCAGCAUCAGGAGACACCCUUCCGAUCCCUUAAAUUUCUCAUUAUUCAAAGAAUGCCUUGCUGGGAGGAAUGGGAGUCAUAUGAAUGUGAUGAUGAUGAGGAUGCACCAUUUCCUCAACUUGACGAACUUCAUAUAUUGCAGUGUCCUAAGUUAAGAGGAGAUUUGCCCACUUUCCUUCCGUCUUUGAAAUCACUAUUCAUUUAUGAAUGCAAGGAGCUUGGUUGUUAUCUGCCAAGAGCUCCCAUCCUACGCAAAUUAAUAAUAAGGGACAAACAGGAAGCAAGAAUGCGGGAGCUACCACUUUCCAUGUUGGAGACACUAGUAAUUAAUGGAGAGCAGCUUGUGGAUUCUCUGUUUGAGGCCAUGACCCACACCCAACCAACCUCUCUCAUAGAGCUACAGAUCUCAGAGUGCUCAUCAGCCGUAUCAUUUCCAGAGGAUUCUUUGCCCCCUUCAUUGGAAUAUCUAGGCAUCUUCAAUUGCAAGAAUGUAGAAUUCCCAAUGCACCACCAACAACAUCACUCGCUAGAGAGAUUAGAAUUAGUCAACAGCUGUGAUUCGCUUACAUCCUUCGCAUUGCCAGCGUUCCCAAAUCUCAAGGAUCUCAGAAUCGCAAGACGUGAAAAGUUGACAUCUCUGGAGGUGUCACAGUCCCUCCGAGAAUUAUGGAUUGCAGAGUGCCCUAAGCUGGAGAACAUAAUAAGGCUGCCUGCCUGUUUAUGGGAACUCAAAAUCAGAGAAUGUGGGUUGUUGGGUAAAGGCAUAGAGAGGAAGGACACCCACAUUUGGCCAUCCAUUUCCCACAUCCCCGUAAUAUUUGUUGAUGAGAAACUGAUUCAAUAUCACCCAACAUCUUAAAACAGGACAUUUAACUAUUCUUCUGGGACUUACCAAUUUAAUGCAGUUCGGUUGUGCACCUCCAUUCUUUUAAGGAUGCUUCUUUGUUUCUAACAUCUCUCUAUUGAAGCUUGUUUUGUUAAUUCAAGGAUCAUACCUUGAGAAUGAUGAAAUCUUUCCCUUCCAUUUUUUACCUUUUCUAUUAAUUGUUUUUCUUCUUUCUUUCUUAUUUCAAUCAGCUACUUUUGCACCAUGCCUUGUCUUACACCUAAAUGUAAGGCCUUUCGUUACCUUUCUUGGUGUUGCUCCUGCUUUCUUGCCCGUGCCCUUUGUUGGAUUUGGUAUAAGUUUAUUAUCUUAUUAUUAAUUCUGUUGAAUUAAGAAACUAAUAAACUUUGUGAUGGCAAACAUUUAUGGUUGAGUUAAUGUGCACUAAGCGAAAAUUGUAUGAGUUAUUAUAAUGUGUUUGUUUCGGUGCAGCAACAAACAAAUUGAAGCGAAGUUGGAGUAAGCUCAAUUUGGAGAGCAGGGGAACCUGGUCAAGAAUGAUUUCAUGAGGUGUGGUCUCUGCAUCAAUAAGAAAGCUGAAUUCAUGGAAAACACCAUCCUCAUAGAAAAUCAAAAGAAGAAAUAGAUGAUGCAGAACAGAAUUUCGCUAAGACCGAUAGAUCAAUCAAAAUGCAACAAGAGCACCUUCAAUGAUAAGGAUACAGUUGGAGCAGCCUGUCAAAAAUAGGCAUAAAGUGUACAAACUUUGCAAUGUUCAAAGAAAAAAGGAAGGAAAAACUUAAUUAUAUAUUUUGACUGACAUUGUCCAAUUAUCUUUUUUCUCUUAGUAAGAGUUUUCAUUCUUCAUCAUUUCAUUCUAUUUUAGGAUAGCUGAUAUGAAUUAUUCUAUUUAUAAGAAAGAGAGAGCUUAAAAAGUGAGUAUCAAUUUCUGUCAUGAGAAAGGCAAGAGAGCUAGGAUGUGAGAAUAU